UCAUUGAGUUAGUUUUCUAGGAAGUAUCUUAAAAUGAACAAACUUAUUCUAGUAGCAAUAGUAGCUACAGUGGCCAUCGGUACCAGCCAGGCAUUUGUGCCGGUUUUCCACCGUUUCCGCCGUAGUCCUUCGGUUCGUUGUUGUAACGAUGGAUUCGAGGAUUCCAUCAACCAUGAGAAAGUGGUUGCCGUGAGAAGGACUUGCGCUGAAGAGUUGGGGUUGAACGAGAUGUCCGAGGAGCUCCUGAAGAAUCGGGAAAAUCUCGUUUGCCUGGUGGAGUGCAUUGCCAAAAAGCACGAACUGGCCGAUGAAACUGGAGACCUGUUGCACGAAGACCUUGCCAAAGCACUGAAGGAGCACUUCAGUGUGGCCGAGUGGAAAGCUCCACUGUUGGACGAUUUCAUCAAACAAUGCUUCGACCAUGCCGAGGAGGAACAUGAAAAGCACCCCACCGAGGAGGGAAAAUGCAAUCCGGAGGGAUUCGAUUUUUCCUACUGCCUGUGGAGACAUUUCACGCUGGCUUGCCCGGAGGAGCUGCAAGACGAUUCGGAACGGUGCGAAGCGAUCCGCGGAAAGCUGAAAAGCGACGAAGAUGUGGGCUUUUGGAACAACGACCUCGACGAAACCAAGUGAGGCGCGAUGGCGAGAGCUUUUUAGCGCUUGGAGCUUUCCCUUGUGCGAACUUGAUGGCCUAGUGUAACGCGUAACGCUGUAUCUCUUUAUAGUCUAACGGCAUAAUAAUAAAAUGUGAUUGAUUGCUGCUUCCUGAAUAUAUUGAUAUGUUUAUCAAAAACUAA